CUAAACGAAGUAGUGUAGUUAUAAUGUAAAUUAUUACGAAUAAAUAAUGAAAUGUAAAUAAAUAAAUGUCGGAUAUUAUUUUGUUAUUGUUUUAAAUGUAAAUAAAUGCGUUUUAAGUGUUGUGGAAGACAGUAUAUGCAGCUGGAUUGCAUGGAGAGAAACAGCUUAAUUGUCAAAUUUUUUAUUUCAGAAUAACCAAUAUUUUGAUGAGUCCUAGUGAGUCAUCUACUUACACACCAUUAGCCCUAUAAUGCCUUUCAUGAUAUCGCCUUCAUCCGCGUCCUCGACUUCUGUCGCCCCAACAUCAUAUUUGUCGCCGCGCGACAAAGCCAUCGCACCACCAUCACAUGCCAACUCCCUUAGCCAGAAGACACGACAUUAUGGAGAUCUUUGCAGCCUUGAGUCCAGUUUACACGAUGAUUCUUCAAUGCGUCUUGGAUACUUUACCCAUUCUUUACUGUCUAGUCAUCAACAAUCAUCGCCUUUGACGCCUACAACAAAUUCUCAAUCAAAUAGUACACCCUCAUCAUCCCCACAUACAAGUACUACUUCUGUGGGAAGUUCUUCACUUGGCUCAUCACUGUGUGAAGAUCUUUCUUCAUUAUUACUUCUUGCACCUGGUAGUCCAAAUGGAAAAUUUGAUGAUAAUUCUGAAGAUGAUGAAUUCAGAUGUAGACGUCAUGGAGAAAAGUUGCGAUGCUACUGCGAAACUUGCUCUAGAAGAGUUUGCCAAGAAUGUUCAUUAUGGGAACACAGAGAUCAUAUUUGCCGACCGGUUUCAUCUUCUGUCGUGUCUGAACGCGCUCGUUCACAUUUAAUAGAAUCAAUAGAUGUGGGUAGAUUAGGGACAAAAAUGAUCAAAGGAAGAAUUGAUGAUGCUGUAGCCGUUGCUAAAAGUACUGAAAGACAAGCUGCAGAAACAUGUACUAGAAUACGGAGAUUCUUCAAGCAACUAAUCCAAUCUACUGAAGAAAGAGAGCGUGAAUUACUAGAACGCGUAGAGCGGUUGAAAAAACGCCGCAUGGAUGACUUGGCUGCUCAAAUGGAAUGGUUACGAGGUGCUUUGGCUGGUGUGGCAAUGGCUGUUGAUGACAUGACGAAGGCUGUUGAACAGAACCAACAACGUGAUGUACUUGAUAUCAUGCUGGUGCAUAGUAGAGCUCGGGAAGCUAUCGAUGAACAUAUGGCAACGUAUCAUAAAAUUGAACCCAAAGAAGAAUCACUUGUAUUUGUUACCCCUAACUUUGAAGUGCUGCAGGAUAUCAGACAUUUAG